CUUAAAGGCUCUUCCAUCUGGUUUUCCGUAGACAUAGACCAGGUCAGAAGAGCUGUUGUGGGUGUGGAUGUUCGGGGGUUCAGUUGUCAGUUGCUGCCUGUGUGGUCUCUGGAGUCCGGGAAGCUUGGGUCGGACUUUAUACCUGGAGGGGCUGGAGGUAAUGGCCCCUCGGAGGGAGCAGCCCUGCUCACCCCCAGCGCUACCACUGGCCACUCCCUGGAGGUUCCCCCCGGCCCGUUGCCCUGGUGGUGGGGCACACCCACAGGUCUUCCUGUUUCUUACCUGAGAUGGAGCAGAAGUGUCUCCUUGUGUUGGAUCUCCCGCCUUGUCCAGGUUUUCCCUUCUGGGACCUUCCAAGAUGAGCACUGCAAUGAAAGCCUUGCAGGUGUCCGAUGAAACUCUCUCACGCCCUCACUCCUCCCACACAGCCUCCUGGAGAGCCUGGCGAGCAGCUGGACGGCCCUGAGGAUCACCCUGGACAAACCAGACGGUUCCCACCCAGCACGGUGGGUGGACUCCAGUUGAGGGGCAUCCCUGGGCAUGUGUGCAGCCGGGUCCGAUGAGCCCAGCCCCGAGGGCCUCACCUCUACCUCCCUGCUGGACCUCCUGCUGCCCACCGGCCUGGAGCCACUGGACUCCGAGGAGCCCAGCGAGGCCAUGGGACUGGGGGCUGGCCUGGGAGCCCCCGGCUCGGGCUUCCCCAGCGAAGAGAGCGAGGAGUCCCGCAUCCUGCAGCCGCCACAGUACUUCUGGGAAGAGGAGGAGGAGCUGAAUGACUCUAGUCUGGACCUGGGACCCACGGCAGAUUACGUUUUUCCGGACCUGACUGAGAAGGCGGGUCCCGUGGAGGACACCAGCCAGGCGCAGGAGGCACCGCGGUCCCCCUCCCCCUUGCCCAAGAUGAACCUGGCAGAGCUCCCUUGGCACAUGGGCCCCGGAGAGGAGGACGAGGAGGAGGAAGAGGAGGGGCUGCUGCCUGUGACCAGAUCCCAAGAAGCAGCCCAGAGUCCGGCCCAUGGCUCUCCUCCCCCCAGUGGCAGCCACCCCUCAGGGGCCCCCGCACUUAGGCACCAAGAGUCUGGGGCCCAGGCCGCCUCUGCCAUGGAGGUGGGGGUCAGUGUGGAACCGGGCCUGUCCCUGCCUGCAGUCACCCCAAGGCCAGCGACCCUGGGGGGCCAGGACGAGGCCAGCCAGGGGGCAGGGGACACCACGCUGCCAGCCGCAAGGCACGGGGUAGACUUGGAGGCCCCUCAGGAGGCCAGCGAGGAGGCUGCUCUGGGAGCAGCCAGCUUGGCUGGGCAGCCUGGGGAGGCUCCAUCCCCGGCCUCAUUCCCGCAGCCAGGUGUGCCCGGCGGGGCUGAGGCCCCGGAUGAAGGUGCCCUGCAGCCCGGAGCCUCAGCCGCGGUCCCGCUGGGCCCUCGAGACAUGGAGCUGACACCUUCCUCUGCUCCCUGGGGGCGAGAAGACCUUGGCCCGCCGCCCCAGGAAGGGCAGGCCGCUGGCGCCGCAGCCCCGUCCGGAACACCCUGGGACUCCACGCAGGUGAUCUGCAAAGACUGGAGCAACCUGGCCGGGAGGAACUACGUUGUCCUGAACAUGACGGAGAACGUGGACUGUGAGGUGUUCCGGCAGCACCGGGGACUGCAGCUCCUGGCCCUGGUGGAGGAGGUGCUGCCCCGCCACGGCAGUGGCCACCACGGGGACUGGCACAUCUCCCUGAGCAAGCCCAGUGAGAAGGAGCAGCACCUUCUGAUGACCUUGGUGGGCGAGCAGGGGGUGGUGCCCACUCAAGACGUCCUUUCCAUGCUGGGUGACAUCCGCAGGAGCCUGGUGGAGAUCGGCAUCCAGAACUACUCCACCACCAGCAGCUGCCAGGCCCGGGCCACCCAGGUGCGCAGCGACUACGGGACGCUGUUCGUGGUGCUGGUGGUCAUCGGCGCCGUCUGCGUCGUCAUCAUCGUGCUGGGCCUGCUCUAUAACUGCUGGCAGCGCCGGCUGCCCAAGCUGAAGCACGUGUCGCACGGCGAGGAGCUGCGCUUCGUGGAGAACGGCUGCCACGACAACCCCACGCUGGACGUGGCCAGCGACAGCCAGUCGGAGAUGCAGGAGAAGCAGCCCAGCCUGAACGGCGGUGGCGCCGUCAACGGCCCGGGGGGCUGGAGCGCGCUCAUGGGGGGCAAGCGCGACCCCGAGGACUCGGACGUGUUCGAGGAGGACACGCACCUGUGAGGGGCACGCCGCCCUCGUCGCGGGUCCCCCGCUUCUCCCGACUCUCUACACCUCUCGCCCUCCCCGCCACCCCGACCCCCGACGCCCCGAGGGGCCGGCCCCGGGACCCCAUUAAAGCCGCCCGGAGAGCUCGCCGGGC